AUGGUAGCUUCCAGCCACAUACAAGUGUUAGAUCUGUACCAAGUGAUGCUGGGAAAGAGCAAGCAUUUCAACACCUACGAUUACAGAACGUAUGCUGUCAGGAGGAUUAGAGAUGUCUUCAGAGAAAAUGCAAACCUAAAGCGUUCUGUAGAAAUGCAAGCUCUAGUGAAUGAAGCCAAUGUAGGCCACUGGCAGGUCCUUAUUAGUCAAUUGCAUUAG